GUGAUGUUGGCUUCAGGAAACAGCUCUUCUCAUCCUGUGUUCUUCAUCCUGCUUGGGAUCCCAGGACUUGAGAAUUCUCAAUUUUGGAUUGCCUUUCCAUUUUGUGCUAUGUAUAUUGUGGCUAUAGUUGGCAAUAUAACUGUACUUCAUGUAAUUCGAACUGACCACACCCUGCAUGAGCCCAUGUACCUCUUUCUGGCCAUGCUGGCUAUCACUGACCUGGUCCUCUCUUCCUCCACCCAACCUAAAAUGCUGGCUAUUCUCUGGUUCCAUGCUCAUGACAUUGAAUAUCAUGCCUGCCUCACCCAGGUGUUCUUCAUCCAUGCCUUUUCUUCUGUGGAGUCUGGGAUGCUCAUGGGUAUGGCCUUGGAUCAUUAUGUGGCUAUCUGCUUCCCACUUCAUCACUCUAGUAUCCUGACCCCAUCUGUAGUAGGUAAACUGGGGGCAGCUGUGAUGAUGAGAGCACUGCUGUGGGUGAGCCCCUUCUGCUUUAUGCUCUCUAGGCUGCCCUUCUGCCCCAACCAAGUCAUUCCUCAGUCAUACUGUGAGCACAUGGCUGUGCUGAAGUUGGUGUGUGCUGAUACUAGAAUAAAUCGUGCAUAUGGGCUCUUUGUGGCCUUCUCAGUGGCUAGCUUCGAUUUGCUUGUCAUCAGUGUAUCCUACGUGAUGAUCUUGAGGACUGUGCUGGGGUUGCCCUCUAAGGAAGCCCGACUGAAGGCUUUUGGCACAUGUGCCUCCCAUAUCUGUGUCAUGUUGGCUCUUUACAUCCCAGCCCUCUUUACUUUUCUCACCCACCGCUUUGGUCAUCAUGUGCCCAGAGUGGUACACAUCAUGUUGGCUAAUCUCUAUCUACUGGUCCCUCCCAUGCUCAACCCCAUCAUCUAUGCAGUGAGAACCAAGCAAAUCAGGGACAGAGUUAUUCAAGGAUGCUGUGGAAAAGACCCAUGA